AAAGAGUGAAAAUUUCCACUGUGAAUGCCGCCCUAAGACAAGUCAAUCAAGCCUUUUGUUUUUCUUUUCGGCAAAUGAAUCAAGCCUUGUUUGUUGAACAAAUUGCAAUUUGACAAACAUUUGUUUAUUUUAUUUUUCUUUAUUAUUUGUUUUUCUUUUUCUUUUUCUGGGUAAAUGACGACAGAUUAUUAGGCGGACAUAAAACAUAAGGAGAAGAGAGCAUCACGAGUUGAAAUGUCGUGCAGUCCAUUGUUGUGUUCCUUCAGAAUUCCUGCGAUUCCAAUCAGCAAGAAGAAGCCCAUCUUCACCCACCAAAAUAAUCGCCUUCUCACUGUGUCACUCUUUUCUCACUCUCACUCUAACUCUCAUCCUCAGCAUCACACCCAAUCAAUGGAGGUCAACGACACCAUCACCAACAAUGCUUUGGGAUUUGAUUUUCUCACCAAGAAGCCCUAUACCCCUCCUUCCUGGGCGACCCAUCUCAACCCUAUUCCUCCUAACUACUUCUCUCUCGCCCAUCUUCCAACUCCAAUUCAUAAAUGGAAUCUUCCUAAUCUGCCCAAAAACACUCAAGUCUGGUUGAAGCGUGAUGACCUUUCGGGAAUGCAAUUGAGUGGUAACAAAGUCAGGAAGUUGGAAUUCUUGAUGGCAGAUGCAGUAGCACAGGGUGCUGACUGUAUCAUAACAAUAGGAGGUAUCCAAAGCAACCACUGCCGUGCAACUGCUGUGGCUGCACGAUACCUUAAUCUGGACUGUUAUCUUAUACUACGCACCUCAAAGGCCGUUGUGGAUCAAGAUCCAGGAUUGACAGGCAAUCUUCUGGUUGAGCGUUUAGUUGGAGCUCAUGUUGAAUUAAUUUCAAAAGAAGAAUAUGGAAAAAUAGGAAGUGUGGCUCUUACCAAUCACCUAAAAGAAAAGUUGUUGAAUGAAGGAAGGAAGCCAUAUGUCAUUCCUGUCGGGGGAUCAAACUCUUUAGGGACCUGGGGCUAUAUUAAAGCAAUUGCAGAGAUUGAGCACCAGCUUCAGACUGGGACUGAGAACAUAAAAUUUGAUGACAUCGUUGUAGCAUGUGGCAGUGGCGGUACAAUUGCUGGUCUAUCAUUGGGGUCAUUGUUGAGUUCUUUGAAGGCAAAAGUCCAUGCAUUCUCUGUUUGUGAUGAUCCAAAUUACUUCUAUGACUAUGUUCAAGGCUUACUUGAUGGACUUGAAGCAGGUGUUGACUCCCGUAAUAUUGUUGACAUUAUAAAUGCCAAAGGUCUAGGCUACGCAAUUAACACUGCUGAAGAGCUUAAUUUUGUCAAGGAGAUUGCUGCAGCCACUGGUGUUAUUCUCGACCCUGUUUAUAGUGGGAAAGCUGUUUAUGGAUUGACAAAAGACAUGGCUGAGAAUCCAAAGAAAUGGGAAGGGAGAAAGAUCCUCUUCAUACAUACAGGUGGCCUGCUAGGGUUGUAUGACAAGGUUCAGCAGAUUGAUUCAUUGGUAGGAAACUGGAACCGGAUGGAUGUGCAUGAAUCUGUUCCUCCGUAGGAUGGUAUUGGAAAAAUGUUCUAGACAACCAUAGUAUAAACAGACUGCAGAGCUUGUAUUGCAUUUUUCAUUUUAGAUGAUCAUAGUUAUCAUUCAAACCUUCUUCAAGCUGUUGCAUUUCACAAAAAAAAAAAAAGAAAAAAAGAAAAAAAGAAGGGAAAAAUAACAUCAUAUAAUGUUACGCUGUUAUGUACAGUUUUUUCUCUUUCCCUGGCAGUAAUUGAAAAUGAUAGAUGAAGGAAGAAAAUAAGUGAAAUAAAGCCCUUUAGAUCUAGCA